GAGAAAGAGAAAGGGAGUGAGAGAGAGUGAGCGAGAGAGAGUAAGAGAGAGAGGGAGAGAAAGGGAGUGAGAGAGAGAGAGAUAGAGAGAGUGAGCGAGAGAGAGAGUAAGAGAGAGAGAGUGAGAGAGGGAGUGAGAGAGGGAGUGGGCCGGUGGAGAAGGUGGAGACAGUGUCAAACUGUGAGGGGAAACUAGAUGAGGGCAGAGAAGCAGCAGAGGGAGGGAGAAGAAGAAGAGCUAUCAUUCCUCUAGCACGCUGAGAGAAACCAGUGAGGAGCUUUCCUUAUGAGCACCAGCAAAGCAGAAAUUCACUCUCGCUCUCUGCCAGAGUGAGAGGGGGAGAGCGAGAGAGUAAACGAGAGAGAGCUACACUACUCCACCGCUGACGUUGUGAACACAACGAGGAGAGAGGAGAGAGGAGAGAGGGAGAGAGAGGCAGAGAAGCACAAGACUAGCCACAGGGAGGGAGAGAGAGACAGGACGGAGGAGAGACAGAGUGGAGGGAGGGAAGAGGAGGAUGAGGGAGGAGUGGAGAGAGAAGACAGACGCUGAUCUUUGACUGUUGAGGACCGAGUGCGAGUGUGUGAGCGUGAAGGAGUGUGCUUGUGAGACUGGGUGUGAUGGAUCACUGUUCCUGCACACUGUAAGUCUCAGUGCAUGGCAGGGCAUUUAGAGUGUGUGAGUUUGGUUUCAUUGUGUUGGGUGGUGUUUUAUCAGACAUAGCACAGUGGCUGAGGGAUUACGACAGCUGGGGAGAGAGUGUGUUGUGGUAGCGAGGAGGGGCAGCUGUGUGUGUGUGUUUGUCUGUGUGAAAGAAGCAGGGCAGCUGGAGACAGAGAUAGGUAGAGAGGCCAGGUACACCUAGAGGGCAGGUUCACAAAGAGAGAGAAUCCACGUGAGGACAGAACAAGUGAAAACAGGGACACCAACUCUUCCACCAGAUACAGAGUUUGUAUGUGUGCGUCUGCACAGCGGCAUACAGAGAAGCACCGGUCCAGUCAUCUCAGGUCAGCGCAGCGGAGGUCCAGGGAUGUCCAUCAGGCAGCUAAGGGGGCCCAGUGAGCUGUAAUAGAGGACGCCCUCGGCCCCCAGUCCCACCCAGCAGCAGCGCUCUCUCUUCCCCUCCGGUGGGUAGACGCACGUGGGCCUAGGGCACCUCAAAGCCCAGAGUGAGGGCCAACAGCGGGGUUCCUGUACCCAGAGGAGUAACCACGGCCAUCAUGGGGGAGUGGACCAUCCUGGAGCGCCUUCUGGAGGCUGCCGUCCAGCAGCAUUCCACCAUGAUCGGAAGGAUUCUUCUGACCGUGGUGGUGAUCUUUCGGAUCCUGAUCGUGGCCAUCGUUGGCGAGACGGUGUACGAGGACGAGCAGACCAUGUUCAUCUGCAACACCCUGCAGCCGGGCUGCAACCAGGCCUGCUACGACAAGGCCUUCCCCAUCUCCCACAUCCGCUACUGGGUCUUCCAGAUCAUUCUGGUGUGUACGCCCAGCCUGUGCUUCAUCACCUACUCUGUGCACCAGUCGGCCAAGCAGCGUGACAGACGCUACUCCUUCCUCUACCCGCUGCUGGAGCGUUCGGAUUACGGGCAAAGCGGCACCAGGAAGCUUCGCAACAUCAACGGCAUCCUGGUGCACCACGGCGACGGUGGCGGGAAGGACGAGCAUGACUGCAUGGAGGUCAAGGAGAUCCCCAAUGUGCCGCGGGGGCUCACGCAUGGCAAGAAGUCCAAGCAGCGCCAGCAGGAGGGCAUCUCGCGCUUCUACAUAAUCCAGGUGGUGUUCCGUAAUGCAUUGGAGAUCGGCUUUCUGGUGGGACAGUACUUCCUAUACGGCUUCAGCGUGCCGGGCAUCUUCGAGUGCGACCGUUACCCCUGCUUGAAGGAGGUGGAGUGCUACGUGUCGCGGCCCACCGAGAAAACGGUCUUCCUGGUCUUCAUGUUCGCUGUGAGUGGCAUCUGCGUGCUGCUCAACCUGGCAGAGCUCAACCACCUGGGCUGGAAGAAAAUCAAGGCAGCCAUCCGGGGAGUGCAGGCCCGCCGGAAGUCCAUCUGCGAGAUCCGGAAGAAGGACAUGUCUCACCUGUCACAGCCCCCCAACAUGGGCAGGACCCAGUCCAGCGAGUCCGCCUACGUCUGAUGGAGACAGGGCUAAAUGCUGGGUAAGUGAGGGGGCAGGGUAGGGAACAAGUGGGACGACCACUCCAUUCCGCUCUCUCUUUUUAGUUUUAAUGGAAAGAGGAGGAGGAGGAGGGGAAGCUGCCACGGAAUAUUUGGUGCAUUUUUUUAUUACUUUAUUACCAGCUGCACCUGUUCUUGUCAUACCUUGUCAUGUGAAUGAUGUUUUGAUUGGGACGUUCCCAAUGGAAACGGGAGCCUUUAAGGAGAGGCUUCUGGCUGUUGUAGGGUUUUCGGGCCAGGGACGGUGAAGGGGACCGAGGGGUUGACUAUGUCAUGGUGCUGUUCUGGCUUAUUUCAUCCAUGAUGAAGAGAGCAGGAGGGGUCGUUAACAGAGAAAGAGAGGAAGAGCUGUCGCAACGAUGAUCGACUCUCCACAAGCAGCGUACAGGGAGUCAACUUUCUAGCCUCUCUUUCCUGCUGUGGAGAGAGAAUGAUGUUCCUCUCAAGCUAGUCUCCAGAGAUUACGAUGACAGAGAGAGACAGUGUUCGGGAGUCCUGGAGCUGGUGCCAGAAGAAGCUGCUGUUUACGUUUUGUCUCCUGGCAAACAAUUAUUAACACAAACACCAUGAAGGAAUAUUGAAAACAUUUUUCCUCCACUUAUCCACUGCUGGCACCUGCACCGUUGAGACUGAGGGUGGAUGACAGUAAUGUCUUCUUGUCCUCUUCUCCUCCGUGUAAUCUUUAGAGAGGAACCCAAGGAGGCCACGCAUAAACGACACCUCCACAGUCACAAACCGUUCCCCUCCACACAAAAACACCCCUGCGCCGAGCUUCUCUCUCCAGCAUUCCAAUGUAUUGCGUGUGUUUGUGACUAACUGAAAGAAAGAGAAAAAUAAAGUGAAAGAGAGAAAUAGGAGAGUAGAAGAGGAACCUUCUCCUUGCACUCUCGACGGAGAGGAACCAGAUCAUUUUAUUACUAAUUUAAAUGUUUACGAUAUCAUUAUUAUGAGUUGAUUUAUUCCUUUCGUGAUGAAGUUGGUACCAGCCUUUGGAUUUACUUCUUAUUUGAAAGU